GACGUCACCGGCGCUUGUACUGUGCGCUGGUGCGUGGGGGCGGGAGGGGCUUCCAUCAUGGCGUCGAUGCAGAAAAGGCUUCAAAAGGAAUUAUUAGCCCUGCAAAAUGAUCCACCCCCAGGAAUGACCCUUAAUGAGAAAAGUGUACAGAACACCAUAACGCAGUGGAUUGUAGACAUGGAGGGAGCCCCCGGGACACUGUACGAAGGAGAAAGAUUUCAGCUGCUCUUCAAAUUUAGUAGUCGAUACCCUUUUGAUUCACCUCAGGUAAUGUUCACGGGGGAGAAUAUACCUGUCCACCCUCACGUGUAUAGCAACGGUCACAUCUGUCUGUCCAUCCUGACGGAAGACUGGUCACCAGCCCUCUCAGUGCAAUCUGUUUGUCUUAGCAUUAUUAGCAUGUUGUCCAGCUGCAAAGAAAAGAGACGACCACCCGACAACUCCUUUUAUGUAAGAACGUGUAACAAAAAUCCAAAGAAGACAAAAUGGUGGUAUCACGAUGACACUUGCUAAUGUACCAAGUUUCUAACGAGUCCCAGAAGAAAGAAGUCCUACUGACCUAUGUGAAGCACUUUUUAAUCAUUCAGUCUCUGAACUCUGACCUUUGACUGGAACAAUGGACACCACGCGCCGGAGCCCCCCGCCCCCCCUUCCCCUUGCCGGGCAGUUUGAUGCAUGUUUUAGUUGGAAGAGCGGAAACACACAAGCGGAAGGUUUAGAUGCACCCAAGAUGGAUCCUUUUUUGGUGGAUAGCAAUGCAGUACAUACCGAGGACUUUUAGUGUAUUUCCUAUUUUUAUUGUGUUUUUUUUUUGUGUGCGCGCGUGUGGAUGCAGUCAAAGGUCCUUGUGUUGUGCAAUAAUAACCAACCGACGGCCGCAUGCUUGGGACUACAAAGGAAUUCUUCAAACCUAACGGAUUUCUGGAAAGGACCUGACCAUCAUGAAUUGCUUCUUUUUUUAAUUAUUAUUAUUAUUAUUAUAUGCACUGUGAGAGUAUGUAGAGGCACUGUCAUGACAUCAUUCCCAACACUGUAAGCAGACCCCCCACUCAUUGGUUCUAGUUUGCAACACCGCCCGUGUUUAGCUCUACUGGCGUAGUUUCCACAUGUCCAGCCUUCGACAUAAAAGCAAGGGCCUCGCUUCCAUUUAAAGAAUGUUGCUUUUUUUUUCUUUUAAGUAUGAUGCUUUUGUACUGUUUGUGGGAGUGGGGCCCAUUUUGAUGACUCGCUAUCUUUUUUGGGGGGGGGGAUAUAAUAUAUUAUUUUUGUGUGUUGUAUUUAAAUCUUUUGGCAAAGGUGGAGAGCGACAGAAAAUGAGUCUUUAUGUAUAGGAGAAAGACAGCAAGGCUUUGUGAUUCUGCCUGGUCAGAGUUAUGGCUCAGGUACUUUUUUCAAUAAAGAGAAUGCCUCUAAAAAAAAUAUUAAAAAAAGUUACCUAUCAGAUGUUUUAACUAUUUUCACCAAAAGACUGUUAUGUUGUAAAAUAACAUGUCUGGAGCUGGUGUGUGUGUAUGUACACAUAUAUAAAUGUUUAAUUCCGGAGUGCUUGAAUGAAUUGGGAAUGAUUUCUUUUGCUAAUUAGGACGUGUACAGUCGUAAACAAAGCAAACUAUAAAAAUACUGAGUAGUUUCCAGUGGGAUUGCAUGCGUUUUUUAACUUGUUUGCUGAAAUGCGUCAAAAAUUGCAAUGCCUGCAAUUCUUGGCAUAACUAAAGCACUCCUAGGGGCUUUGUCGUUGAAACGGUUAUCAAUAUUCCGAAAGACACCAAUAAGAUACUUGAAUUUUCCAUCUUUGUUACUUUUUUCUUCGUGAAGAUUUCACUUGUAAAGAUGACCACAUGACACCGCUAUGUCAGAUACAUCCAUAGUACCCUAUGUUUUUAUUAGGAAUGUUCAAGCCUGCUGUACAAGUCAGAAACAUCAUGGUACUGGAAUGAUUGUGUUUAUUAAAAAAAAAAAAAAAGCAGCCAUAAGCAGAACUUGCAGGACAAUAAGUUACAUGGAUCAUUUUCAUUUAUUUUUAUUUUUUGUAUGAACCCCCUAGUUUGCAGGCUGUUUUGAGUGAAUAAAACCAAUGAGGGUUUAUUUAUAUUCGAAAUAAAAAGAAAUAUGUUCUGGGAUGUUCAAGCUCUCUGUAUUAGGUGCCUGUGCAUUUUCAUAAUCG